AUGGAAUAUGACAUUGAAUACGUGCCCCGCACAUCAGUUAAGGAGCAGGCAAUUGCGGAUCAUUUAGCGGAGUUCCCAAUCGAAGACGAUACGCCGAUCAACUCUGACUUUCCGGACGAAGGGAUUCUCCAAGUGGACAGUGAGGAGAACAAAUUCGCAUGGAGGAUGUAUUUCGAUGGCGCAAUAAAUUCCACUGGGUCCGGCAUUGGUGCAGUACUGAUAUCCCCCGACGGACGCUAUUAUCCGGUUGCAGCAAAGGUUGAUUUCCCCUGCACUAAUAACGUGGCCGAAUACGAAGCAUGCAUCAUCGGCCUGCAAGCGGCGAUCGACUUCAAGGUGAAGGAACUAGAAGUGUUCGGCGAUUCUAUGCUUACAAUUUUCCAGACGUUGGGGCAAAGGAAGACGAAUGAUGCAAAGCUAGUACCAUAUCACGAGUAUCUAGCAGAGAACUUCAAGAAAAUCUCAUUCACAUACACAUUGCGCAUUAAGAACCAAUUUGCAGAUGCACUUGCGAGACUCGCAUCCAUGGUGAGCAUCACGAAAGAAAAUCUCAUUGAGCCACUCGAAAUCAAGAUUGCCAAGGGCCCUGCUCACUGCGACGCAAUCGAGGCAACUGACGAACAGCCGUGGUAUGAAGACAUCAAACAUUUUCUGCAAACCGGCCAAUACCCGACAUUCGCCAACAGGCGCGACAAAAAAACACUUCGGCGACUCGUAGCACAUUACUUCAUGAGUGGAGAGGUCCUUUAUCGCCGUUCCUUCGAUGCCACACUACUCCGGUGUGUCGAUGAAAUUGAAGCACAACGCCUUAUGGGAGAGGUACAUGAGGGAAGUUGCGGACCCCACAUGAGCGGGCUCAUGCUCGCUAAGAAACUUAUGCGUUUGGGUUACUUCUGGUCCACCAUGGAGGCCGACUGCGCCAAACACGUCCUACACUGCCACUUGUGCUAG